AUGGGCGCUAAUGUCGUGCUGAUGCUGCGCCGGAGACUUAUCUGCGGGGAUUCCUUGCUCUCCUGUUAUGCUCAGAGUCAUGAUGCUGUCGCAGCUCUUUCUUGCACAGCGAUCAGUCAAAAAGGCCCCUUUGUGCCAACGCCUUCGAAUGAAACCAGCGGCUCUCGAAACCAGUUUACUUCGAGACCCGACGGAAUCCCCUUCGAAACCAACCCAAGCCAGCCCACGCGAGAGCCUCACCGAACUGACUCCCGUUCUCUUUCUCCCCAGAUCGAGCACUGCUACUACCACGGCACCGUCAAGGACUACUCCGGUGCCAUCGCGGCCUUCAGAACAUGCAACGGACUGGCCGGCAUCAUUCAGCUGGGCAACGAGACCCUCAUCGUCUCCCCCAUGGCUGGAGGCGACCCGCAGCCCAAGCACCCCCACUUCGUCAUCGAAUCGAAGAACUCCCAGAUCCGGCAGAAGUGCGGCUACCAGUCCGGCUACGAGUGGGGCAUGCGGGAGAGGAACUACAACCGCCAGGACGCACCGGCCGCAAGAAGAAGCAGGUGCGCCACCCGCUACGCCCGCGACGUCCGUUCCACGCCCAAGUACAUUCGAGACGGCGCUCUUUUCCUCGAUAGGAAAUUCAUGGAAGACCGGAAUUACUCUCGCGUGAGGGCCCUCAACGACGCCCUUCAGAUUGCAAACAUCGCGGACUUGUACUUCAAGACAAUCAACACCAGGAUCACCAUCACCUACCUGGAGACGUGGUCGGGCCGGAACCUGGUGGACCUCGGGAGGAACCAGCCCAUCUCGACGUCGCUCAUCAACUUCUACAGCUACGUGGGCGAAAGCCUCUUGGACUUCCACAAGGAUACCUCGCACUUGAUCACCGGUGAGCAGUUCCAGGGCGGGGAGUCGGGCAUGGGCGUUCCGAACAGCAUCUGCACUUCGAAGGCCGCCGGAAUCUCCGUGGACCUGAACGUGUACGAACCGCAUCUCGUGGCUUCGACGAUGACCCACAUGAUCGGACACAACCUCUACAUGAAGCACGAUGACGGCAGAUCUAACUGCUACUGCCAAGACUGGCACGGUUGCAUCAUGUCCAAGACAGUGGUAGGACAAGACAACGUUCAGCCAUCUAAGUUCUCAAAGUGCUCAGUCGAUGACUACCACCAUUCACUUCAGUCCGUUGAAGAGACAAACUGCCUUCUUCACACGCCGAGCAAGGGCCACACUGUCUCCGUCUGUGGCAACGGCAGGGUCGACGAAGGGGAGCAGUGCGACUGUGGUCCAAGGGAUGAGUGUGACAGAAAUGACCCUUGUUGUGACCCGGUGACCUGCAGACUCAAGCUGGAGGCUGAGUGUGCAACAGGUCCCUGCUGUGACAAUUGUCGGCUGCGCCCCAAGGGCUUCCUGUGUCGCAAGGCCCAGACCGAGUGCGACAUCCCCGAGUUCUGCAACGGGCUCCACGGAACAUGCCCGAUGGACAUCUACAAGAAGACGGGGAACAAGUGUGGGAACGGCAAGGGUUACUGCUUCAAGGGAAUCUGCCCGACGCUCGACAACCAGUGCGAACUCAUCUGGGGUUAUGGAGGACAAGCAUCCGACGAGACAUGCUACAGACAGUUCAACGUGGAUGGUGUGAUUUAUGGCAACUGCGGACGGCACAGGAACGGCAGCUAUAUCAAAUGCGAACUAGGGAACAUCAUGUGCGGGACCUUGCAGUGUCAGCUCGGAAUGCAGCAUCCUGUGACCCCAAAUAUGGACCAGAGUUACUCGCGCACAAUUGUUGCCAUGGGAGGACAGGAGUAUGAGUGCAAGACGGUGCGUUACGAGGUCCUGGACGACCGCCGACGCGACGCGGACUGGACCCUGGUGCAGGACGGGCGGCGUGGCGGCGAGAAGCUGAUCUGCAUGAACCAGACUUGCGAGUCCAUUUACCCGUACAUUGAGCCGGGCCAAUGCAAGACCAACAACAAUGCCCUCGAGUGCUCUGGGCAUGGAGUGUGCUCCAAUAUGAAUUCCUGUUACUGCAACCGGGGCUGGACAGGGGCAGACUGCUCCAUUUUCGACAACAGCUCUAUCUACACCACCCCCUACCCACCCGAACCCGGCAGGAACACCGUGUUCCUCGUGGUGGGAUUGGUGUCGGGAAUGGGCGGGGUGUUCUUUGCGUUUGCGUUCAUGGCUUUGUGCUACAGGCGCAAGAGUACUAUGCCCAAAUAUGAUGCCCCAUACCUGAAGAGGCCCAUUGUCAAGAAGCCUCCGCAGCAGCACCUGCAGCCCAUGAUGAGCAAGACAGAGGAAACAUCCCUGGAUAUGGGUAGUCGCAUUACAUUUGCCAACAUGCCUAGCUAUAGCCCUGGACGGCCACCAUUGAGUCCGACACUAUCUCGCAGCAGGUCACUUGACUCCUGCCGAGAACACAAGCUUCAGACGAUGCGACGUUCUGGGCCUCCUCCCGGGGGGUCACAGUCAGAAGAGGAGGCACUACAAUCAGGGGAGGACGAGGCGGUGUCGUUCAUUGAGCUGCCACCUAACAACCUGAGCAAGAUACCCGAGAAGGGAAUCCUGAAGAAGUCAUAUGGCCUCCUCACGCCAGCAGAGAAGGAGAAAUGGGGUGAGGAGUCCCAGAGCGACAACAACGAUGUUUUAAGUCAGAGUGAUAACAAUGCUGACCCUGAUAGCCAAGUCUCUGAGGUGGAACGCACACUGAAGAGUCUGAACGGCUACCAUGAGGACAUCAUUGAUGCUCUCAAACGAGCUGCAUCUCAUCGGUCUGGAACCACUUCAAUGUCCUCUGAUGAGCUGCACACAGCCCAUCACGACACCUACCCUCGCUUCUCACACGGAGCUGCAGCUGUUGGUGGCCCAGCAGAAUUCACUAGACUGAAAGCUUCACAUGAAAAGCUUGCCGACUCAGGAGGAGAGGACGACCAGGUUCCACCUUGUGGUCCAAUCCGCAUUCGUAACUUGGAGGACUUGAUACGACAGCUAGAGCACCAUCCAUCACGUCACAUGUCGCCGUCAGGGUCAGAGGAGAUCAGAAUGAGCGAGACGGAGGCCGAUCGUCACUACCGCCUUGACUCGUCAUCCUGCACAGAGUCUCAAGGGUCCGUCCCUGCACAUCUCCCCCAGUCAUCCCUUCCCAGCGGUAUAACUGGCUUGCAGACACACCAGACAAAGAGCCCUGUGCCAAGAAAGACCUCAUUAGCCGCCAAAAUAUUGUUCAAAGAUUUGUGUAUAUUUAAUUUAUCAGAUGGAUUGAAAGGGCUCAGAGAUUUUUUUUUCUUAAACUCAUUUUUUUUCUUUUCUUUUUUCUUAUCUGGUGUGGCUGAAUCUAGUAACCAUAUAUAUUUGUAUACACUACUUCACAAUUAGGGAGUUAUUAUAUGUGUCAAUUUGUCAUUCACUGCCACUAUGGCAGUUUUGAUGUUACUUUCAUUCAUUGAAUUCCAUUUCUUACUACACAUUAUUGGUGCA